AUGAUUAAGAAUAGUUAAGGUUAAAAAAAAAGGGUUGAUGCUAAAAGUCAAAUAACAACCUAUAGGGAGAGUAAAGAAAAAGAAAAAGAAAUACCAAUAGCCAACUUAAAAUCAGGAGAAGAAUUAUAUAAUGAAGAAUAAAUCACUAAAAGCCAAAAUAGAGUUGCAUUUAUAUAAAAAUAAUUUGAUGAUAUGGGCAUGACUAAUCCAUUUAAAAUAAACUCUCUUAACUUAGAAAAAGCAUUUAGUGUUUAGGAUAUCAUAAAAACAAUCAUUGAAAUAUUUACUGAUGCAAUUGAAUGUUCAAAACCUUCUAAGUUUAACAUAAUUAAUUAUUUUGUUAACUACGUUUAUCAAAAGGUUGAAUCAAAAACCUUGACAAGCUAAUUUUGUUGGAGCCUCAUUGAUUAAAUAGGAAAAGAAGCUGUUACUAGCAAUGAAAUGAGGAUAAUAUUAUCUUUAAUUGAAGAAAGUUCUUACGAUUAGAUAAAAUUUUAUAUUAACUUUCGUAAGAUGAUUUUUCAAUAUUUAUUUAAUCUAGAAAAAAAUAAAUGUGGUUAUGAAUCUUUUUAACUCGAUGAUUAUAAUGUGAUAUGUGAGCAAUGGGUAAGAAUCAAUCAAAGGUAUUUUGAAUUUGUAUCUUACGAAUAAAUAAUGUAAUACUUUGAGGAAGAAAUUAAAAAAAUUAAAUUUAAUUUUGACCAAGAUUUAUUUUAUAAGCUAUAAUGCUCAGAGUUUAUGUUUAUAGGUCUACUAUUUAACAAGCAUUUAACUUCUAAAUAUGGGAAAUAUGAAGAGCAUAUAGAAAAAUAUCGCAAGCAACAAUCUGCAAAAGGGUAUUAAUAUAAUUUAUAAGCUUAAAAGAAGCAUAGAUAAGAGUGUAGUGAUUUUUUGAUUAAAUGGGGAUGGUCUACUUUUAAUUAAUAACUAGAAACCAAAAAGUAAAUAUAAUAAAAUCUUUAGGUUAGAUAAAAUUAUAAUUAUGAGCAACAGAAGCCUCAAACGGUAAAAAAACAGCCUCCAAGGUCCCGUAAAAGUAUAAUAAUAACCUAAGAUAGAUCUAAAAGUGCUAAUAACCUAAAAAAUAAUUAAUUAAAACAAUAAUAUCCUUCAUUUAAUGACGAUUCUAUCUCAAAAACUCCUGAAAAAAGAAAAGUUAGCAAUGCUAGUCGUAAAGUAUCGAUUACUAACACUGCCCCAAGUUUUAAGUAACAAUAAUUUACUUCUCCUAAUAGCUUUGAUAACCAAAAAGAUACCUUCUUUACUCCAAAUAGAACAGUUAGUCCAUUUUCUGACUAAAAAUAAUCUCACUCUUAGACAAAUUUUUAAAACAAUUAAAAGAUUCAUUAAUUUAACAAAACCACAAACUAAUUUUAUUAUUAAUAACAAAGCAACUAAAAAUCUUUUUUUUGA